AUUAUAUUAAUUCAUAUUAUUCAUUCGUCUCCUGGGGAAAGAAAUAUUAUUUUUUGUUAAAAACAAUAAAAAGGGUUCUCUCCCUCCGAUCAUCUCGUACAUUCUCAUCCCCCGUUCCACUUUCCACUUGUUCUAUUUUGUCCCAUAUCCUUUUUCUCAGCUUGGUUUGUUUCUUGUCUGAUAUUCCUAUUCCUAAUUCCAUUAUUAAUACAGCCGCUCCAUGGCUGUCUUUUUAUGGCAAUCAUGAGAUGGGGCUGGGAUUAGGUCUCCUUUGAUUUGGUUCUAGAAUUAGAACUGUUCGUGGGGUCGUUUUCUCGGCUGUGGCGGUGGCGAGGCUGAAUUUUCUCUUGCAAUAACAUCAGGGACUUUGAUGCGAUUCACGUGAUUUGGACUGGACAUACUGCCUCCUCUGGCCCAUUUCUAUCUUCUUUCUAGGGGCACGGCGACGACGUUCGUGGAGCUCCUGCGGGACAGGAUGGACGGCCUGGAUCGCGCCGAGAGAAGGCCGACCUUGAAGGAACGGCUGGGAUUGAAGGGAUUAGGCUGUUGUGGAGCCACCUGGGGGUCCGGGCCCACUACCAUGAGCGUGCGGGACGACGACGGCGACGACGCCGCCGCGCUGAGUCCCGAAAUUGAUAUGGUCGCCGACGCGGCCGAGGAUGCGGUGGAGAUCGACCCUCCGCCGCCCUGCGCGGGGAUGAAUUUGGCGGCGGCGCUGGCGGCGGAGCGGCAGCUGAGGGCGGCGCUGGAGUCGUCGGAGAUGGGAGGGAGUCUUUUCCGGCUGGGGCGCAACGGCGGCGAGGGGAGGGGGAUCACUCCGGUGGGGACCCCGGGACGCGUGUCGUUGAUGAGAUUGCUUGAGGAAACGGACGGCUGCGAUGGAGAGAUGAAGAAGAAAGAGGAAGAAAGGGAUCAGUUCCGUUAUACGUCGUACUACGAGGGCUGCGAUUCGGUGUGCUGCGUCUGCAUGGUAAGGAAAAAGGGCGCGGCUUUUAUACCCUGUGGCCACACUUUCUGCCGGGCGUGCUCCCGGGAGCUCUGGCUGAGUCGGGGGUCCUGUCCCCUCUGCAACCGGCCCAUCCUCGAAAUCCUCGACAUAUACUAAACAUAAAUAUAAACAUUAUUUGUAAAUUUCGAACCCAAUUAGAACCCAAUCUGGGCUUUCCUGUGUAGCCCAGAAAUUUAUUUGUAAAAGCACCCGAGCCACUAUUCAAAAAUAUCACCACACAAUUUACAAAUACGACACAGGACUAUUUGCUGUCACAAAAUUACACAUCCAAUAAUGUCUACUUGCAAGAACACCAAUUUGAUAGUCAUG